AUGGACAUAAGCCUAACUCGAAUCGAUUUUGCUCAAGUUGGCACCACAAAUCGAUUAUGUAUGCGUGUCAUACCAUCGCAAAAUCCCGACAAAUCAAAAAAGAAGCGACCGCUCGAACGGAUUAUUUACAAAACAUUGCCAGGACCACCAAUAGAAGCCGUAUGUCUGGGCGGAGCUAUAGGGACCCUUCAAGAUAAGGUUUUUGUGGCAUCUGGGAGCAACGUACGUGGAAUAGGUAAAAAAGGGAAGCAGUUCUUCUCAUUCGACACGAGCAUGGCAGAAACUGCGAAACGAAUGUUCAUCUAUGGGGUUGAUCUAUUACUGACUGGGCAGAGAAGUGUCAAUCACUAUCACGACUGCGCUGAUGCUAAUUAUGUGCUUUGUUCUGACGACAUCCUUGAUAUUGUCUGCCUUCUAUCGUCCGGUGGAGCUUGGAGUGGUCGCCCGUUCACAUCUGUGGUUGCGUGUGCUGAUGCCACAAUCAAAGUCAUAGAAGGAUCCAGCAUUGAAUACGAAGUACCACUGAUUUCGGUCCCAAUUACGCUUUACUUAUUCAUGGGCGAUGGAGGUCACACAAAGCAAUUGGUGCUCUACGGGACUCGAUCUGGACGACUCGGUCUUGUGGAUCUAAAACCGAAACAGGGCGAUAUCAAGUGGGAAAUCGACACAAGUAGUCCUGGAGCUAUAAAUGCGAUCACUUGUUACCCGUUUACGAAUUCCGAUCACCCCGACAUAUUAAUUGGAAAAGAUGAUGGUGUAUUGGAGGUAUACACUGUGGAUAGUGAAGACAACUGCACACUAGCCGUAACCUACCAUUGCGAGGAGUCGAUUACGGGUCUUGGAUGUGGACGCAUAACCUCAGAAGAAGACGACGAAAUAGUUGUGUGCACCUAUACAGGCUGGCUUUUUGCGUUAACGUCGGCAAAACGUGCAGCGGCAGCUAUUACACCUAAGGCAGCCAGCGUUAACGUUAAAGUACAGCAGUUGAGAAGUGAAAUCGAGGAAUUGGAGAGUAAAUUGAACGAAGAGCGUACUCGUUAUGGUGAAAUGACAAGAAAAGGAGGCAACCAUGCUGCUUAUCUUCCGUCCUUCCAGGUUCAUGAUACCUUUGAAUUUUCCCCUCAAUACAACGCUUAUUCGCUCAUCAUCGAAUUAGUUCUACCUAUCGAUUUUAUCAUAGUGCAGAGCAGGAUACCCGCGAAGCUUGUAGAGGUAGAGCGAAAUGCUUCUGUUGUGUGCCAACAAGCUCAGAGUGAAUAUAAUCCUUGGUCACUGCUGGCGUCGUACCGAUGUCAGGCUAACGUAAGCCGCAUUGAACUUCGAGUGAAAGUGGACGAAGGUACCUAUGGACCUGUAGUGGUCUAUAUAUGUCCAAAGAUACAUCCAAAGACGGUCCAGAUACGGUCGUACGAAGUGAAACCGUUAAGUUCCCACACUAGGGUGCAUACUUUCGACAAUGCUAGACCUCACAAUACUCUUUCUUUCGCAGGCAGUUUUUCCCUUGCUGAAGCACACUCCUGGAUGUCCCUCAUCUUGCCAGGAAUUCCAUCGAAGCCACCAUCGACAGAUUCCAUAACUGUCAACUACCAGUCCACAUCCGACGCGCCCACACAGUUGCAGACGACUUACUCAAAAGGAUCCAUAUCUUUUCGUUCGGAUUCUGUAUCAACGAUCGUAAUUAUUCGAGAAAUUAUCAGCGAAGAAACAACGAAUCGACAAAUCAAAGUUCAAAUAUCAUGCGACUUGAACGAUGAAAGUAUCGUCCACUGUCUGAAAUCAAUGCAUCCUCGUAUGACUCAUCUGCUCAAUCUCGAGAGGAGGAAACUCAUGGCAGCUGCGUUAAAGGAGUUAGAAGCAAACAGCAAUGAUAUUUCUUUCCUAUCUGAAGAGAACAGGAAAAUUCUCGAAAAUCAUGAUCAGAUAUUCCAAGAUGCUGAGAAAGACUCCAUUGAGGAUAGCAACAUUUGUGGAAUCUAUGAGGCAUUGCUGCUAAAUCGAGCACGACUAAACGGGCAAAAUGCUCGUGGCAAAGUUGAAGCUCUACGGGAUUUGUUAUUGAACAACUAUAGUUUAGAAAAUGUGAUCGCUUUUUUCAAGUCAGCCAAUGAUGAAACGUUUUUGCGGUAUUAG